AUGGUCCUCGCGUUGGGGGGGCCCCCUGGCUGUGUUGGGGCCCCGGGGGCCCCCCAGGAGGCCCCAAAAACAGGGUACUGGGGGCCCCUGGGGGCCCCCUGCCCCCUCGUGGAGUGCCUCAGCUGCUGCAGCAGCUGCGCAGCACUGGGUCUUUCCCGGCUGCUUCGAAGGGGCAAUCUCCUCUGUGCGCUGCAGCUGCUGCACAGGGGGUCCCCCCUGGGGGCCCCCCUGGGGGCCCCCCUGGGGGCCCCCCUGGGGGCCCCCCUGGGGGCCCCUUGGGGGGCCUCUGCGGGGGCCCCCGAGGAAGGGCCCCCAGGGGCCCCCAGUGGCCUCACUCUGCUGCAGCUGCAGCCGCCAGAAACGGUCUGUCCUGUUGCUGCAGAGGCCCUCAAGAAGCAUUGGCCUCAAGCAUUCCCCAACAGCAGCAGCAGCAGCAGCAGCAGCAGCAGCAGCAGCAGCAGCAGCGAGGGCGCGGACGCUGAGACUGCUGCUGGUGGCUGCAGCGGCGCUGCUGCUGCUGCCUGCUGCUUCUGUCACUUUCUGCCUCUCUGCGCGAACUGCCUGGGGCCCCUGGGGGGCCCCUCCGGGGGGCCCCCCGGGGGGCCCCCCGGGGGCCCCCCAGCGUGUGGGUACUGCAGCACGGGGCCCCUGCCCGCAGCAGCAGAGGCGGCCCGGCUCUCUGAAAGGGCCCUGCUGCCUCUGGGGGCCCCCCUGGCUUCCCCCCCAGCCUUUCCUGCUGCACUGCUGGGGGCCCCUGGGGGCCCCCAGAAGUCUUGGGGGGCCCCCCGGGGGGCCCCCCGGGGGGCCCCCCGGGGUGCGGUUUGCGCGGUGUCUGUACACCUGGGGGGCCCAAGACGCGUACCUUUUGGGCCUUCCUUCUUUUUCUUGCAAAGGAGACAGCAAAGAAAAGCCCCCCACGAGAGUCCCUUUGAGGCUGCAGGAGCAGCAGCAGCAGCAGCAGCAGCAGCAGCAGCAGCAGCAGGAGGGGGGGCCGCAGGGGAGCGCUCGCGGCGGGGCGGAGCAGCAAGCGGCGCCGACGGGCGCCGUUGGAAGCUGCAGCAGCAGCAGCAGCAGCAGCAGCAGCAGCAGCUGCAGCAGCUGCAGCAGCAGCAGCAGCAGCAGCAGCAGCAGCUGCAGCAGCUGCGGGGGCCCCCACUGCCUGCCCUCGGAGUGCCUGUCUGUCUCUGGGACUUGCUGCGGCCCCGGGGCCUCAGCAGCAGCAACAGAAGAGACCCUCUGGGUGUGGGGCCCCGCAGCAGCAGGCAGCAGUGGGGUUGUUGUUAUUCCCAAACCCUUGGCCUUGGGGGGCCCCCCUCUGCCCCCGCGGCGAAGGGGCCCCCCAGGGGCCCCCCGGGGGGCCCCCGGGGGGCCCCCGGGGGCCCCCCGGGGGCCCCCGGAGAGGACUCAGCUGGCAAUGAAGAGACUUUUGUUUACGCGUGGGGCCCCGACCCAGUGUGGGGUGGGGCCCCCACUGCUGCUGCAGAAGCAGCAGCAGGAGGCAGAGCAGCAGCAGCAGCAGCAGCAGCAGCAGCAGGCAGCCACAAGGGGCCCCCAGCAGCUUUCAGGGGCCCCCAGCUUGUCUGCCAGUCCGGGGGGGGCCCCCCAGACAAGGCGGAGCUGUUGGGGGCCCCCAAAGCCAGGGAAGAGGCCCUAGGGGGGCCCCCCAGGGGGGCCCCCCAAGUGUACCCUGGCCCUUAUAGGGGCCCCCUAAGGCUUUGUGUCUCUUCUGUUGCUGCUGGAGACAGACACGCGCUGCUGCUGCUGCAAGACGGUGCGAAACCCUAA